GGGUCUGUGCCGUGGGAGCAAGUGCUGAGAGGGGAGGGCCUCGCACAUGUGUGUGCCCUGGUGUGCCCAGCAUCGGACGUGUGUGUGCCCUGGCGUGCCCAGCAUCACACACGUGUGUGCCUUGGCAUGCCCAGCCUUGCACACGUGUGUGCCUUGGCAUGCCCAGCCUUGCACACGUGUGUACACUGGCGUGCCUGGCCGCAGCCCUGACCUUGCCUGCUGCACCGCGGGGGCGGAUUAGAGCAGGCAGGGAGCGGGCAGCGCUAAUCCUGCUGCCUGCACCCUGCCUGCACCCUGCCUGUGCCCUGCCUGCAGCUGGUCCGGGGGGGUCACAGUGGGUACCAGCACCCUCUUGGGGUGGAGAAGCAUCCCCAGGGCCUGCAGGCAGGGUGCCAUCCCCGGGGGGCUGCAGGCAGGAGCUGUUUUGCUGCCUGUGUCCCGCAGGGCCUUGUUAGCCGGAGGGUAACGAAGCACUGUGGGCACCGACACCUGCGGGCACCCAGUGGGUGGUGGGUCCCGCGGCAGCGUAUGCGUGGUGUGGGGUGCUGGAUGCAGCUGGAAGGGCGCGGCGCACCUGAGGGAGGGGGCAGCCCCUGAAGGGAGCGAUGCAGCCCUUCCCCUGAAGAAAAGGGGGCACCCCAACAAAAGGGGGAGCACCCAGAGAAAGGGGGGGGACCCAAAACAAACACGGGCACCCAAAGGUAAAGCUGGGGGGGGGGGGCAGCCAAAAGCAAGGAUGGGUACCCAAGAAAAUGGGGUGUGUCUGAAAAAAGGGGCAGAACCCCGAAAAAGGCACAGCAACCCAAAGGUAAAGCUGGGGGGGGGGGGGCACCCAAGGCAAAGGGGUGCACCCAAAAGGAAGGAUGGGCAGUCAAGAAAAGGGGGUGCACCCAAGAAAAGGAUGGGCACCCAAAAAAAGGAAGGGCACCCAAGGCAAAGGGGUGCACCCAAAAGCAAGGGGCGGCACCCAAAAAAAGGAGAGGUAUCCCAAAACCGAUGGUGCACUCAAAAUACCGGGGUGUACCCACAAAUCGGGGGGGCACACUAGAACAAAAGGGGCACCCAGAAAACGGGGGCGGCAUCCAAACCAGAGGAGAGCACCCAGAGAAAGGGGCCCCCCACAUGUGAAGCCGGGGGCUCACCCAGGCAAGGGGAAGGCACCCAGACACGGGGCGCGCGCGCACGGUGCUUGCACACACGCGGGGCUGGCGCAGGGCGGGGCCGUGGGCGGGGCCAUGGGGUCUGCCCCGCCCCCUGCCCCGCCCCGCUCCGGCGCUCAGCGCCAUGGGCGAGGGGGAGCCCAGCAUGGCCGACUACCUGAUCAGCGGGGGCACCGGCUACGUGCCCGAGGACGGGCUUACUGCCCAGCAGCUCUUCGCCACCUCCGAUGGCCUCACCUACAAUGACUUCCUCAUCCUCCCUGGCUUCAUCGACUUCACAGCAGAUGAGGUGGACCUGACCUCGGCGCUGACCCGCAAGAUCACCCUGAAGACCCCCCUCAUCUCCUCCCCCAUGGACACAGUCACAGAGGCCGACAUGGCCAUCGCCAUGGCUCUGAUGGGCGGCAUUGGCAUCAUCCACCACAACUGCACCCCAGAGUUCCAGGCCAACGAGGUGCGCAAGGUGAAGAAAUUCGAGCAGGGCUUCAUCACGGACCCGGUGGUGAUGAGCCCCACACAGACGGUGGGGGACGUGUGGGAGGCCAAGCUGCGGCACGGCUUCUCGGGGAUCCCCGUCACCCAGACGGGCAGGAUGGGCAGCAAGCUGGAGGGCAUUGUCACCUCCCGUGACAUCGACUUCCUGGCCGAGAGGGACCACGGCACCCGGCUGGGCGAGGUAAUGACGAAACGCAAUGACUUGGUGGUGGCUCCUGCUGGCAUCACCCUCAAAGAGGCCAAUGAGAUCCUGCAGCGCAGCAAGAAGGGGAAGCUGCCCAUCGUCAAUGACAGUGACGAGCUGGUGGCCAUCAUCGCCCGCACGGACCUGAAGAAGAACCGGGAGCACCCGCUGGCCUCCAAGGAUGCCCGCAAGCAGCUGCUGUGCGGGGCAGCCAUUGGCACCCGCGAGGAUGACAAGUACCGCCUGGACCUGCUGGUGCAGGCCAGCGUCGACCUGGUGGUGCUGGACUCGUCCCAGGGGAAUUCGAUCUACCAGAUCAGCAUGAUCCACUACAUCAAGCAGAAAUACCCCGACCUGCAGGUGAUCGGGGGCAAUGUGGUGACAGCUGCCCAGGCCAAGAACCUGAUUGACGCUGGCGUGGAUGCCCUGCGGGUGGGCAUGGGCUGUGGCUCCAUCUGCAUCACCCAGGAAGUGAUGGCGUGCGGGCGGCCACAGGGCACGGCAGUCUACAAGGUGGCUGAAUAUGCCCGGCGCUUCGGCGUGCCCGUCAUCGCUGACGGCGGCAUCCGCACCGUGGGGCAUGUGGUGAAGGCGCUGGCGCUGGGGGCCUCCACCGUGAUGAUGGGGUCCUUGCUGGCGGCCACCACGGAGGCACCGGGGGAGUUUUUCUUCUCAGAGGGUGUGCGGCUGAAGCAGUACCGGGGCAUGGGUUCGUUGGACGCCAUGGAGAAGAGCAGCAGCAGCCAGAAACGCUACUUCAGCGAGGGUGACAAGGUGAAGGUGGCGCAGGGGGUGUCGGGCUCCGUCCAGGACAAGGGCUCCAUCCAUAAAUUUGUCCCGUAUUUGAUCGCGGGAAUCCAGCACGGCUGCCAGGACAUAGGGGCCAGGAGCCUCUCUGUGCUCCGGUCCAUGAUGUAUUCGGGGGAGCUGAAGUUCGAGAAGAGGACCAUGGCAGCUCAGAUCGAGGGGGGGGUCCAUGGGCUCCACUCCUUUACAGUUCUGCCACUUACGAGAAGCGGCUGUACUGAGGAGGGGGCACGCGCUGGCCCCCCCCGCCCAGAGCUGGCCGGUCUCCCCGCGGCCCCUCGUCACCACCGCCGCUAGUGCCACGCUGGGAUGUCGCCGGGGCUGGCUUUGCACUACGGGCUGGACCCCUGGCCAGCCCCUGCCGCUGGCACCCCCCAGCCAUAGGGCUGUCAGGGCCCCCCUGCCUGCCCCGCCGGCACCUACCUGGGACCACAGGACUUUUGUGUGGGCCCGGGGGUGCUGCACCCCUCAGGUGGGUAGGGCAUGGCACCUGCUGCUUGCCCUCCGCCAUGACCCUACUUUGCCCCUACAGGGGGGGCAGGGGAAGGGACUGCCCCCUGCCCCCCCCGCCUCCCAUCAGGACUCCCUGCCAGUGCAGAGGGGGCUGCCCCUUUUCCCCUUCAGCUUGGGGUCACUGCAGGGGCAGCAGCAGCCCCCUGCACCUGGGGGAGCCUCCCAGCCCCCCAGCCCCCCUGGCAGGCUGGAGGGGGGGGCACCAGGGCCGACACCGUGCUGUAUCCAGGUAUUAAUAAAGUAAUGGAGCAUCCA